CAACAGAUACAUUUCCCGAGUAUUGCACUUGGAUGUUACUGCCUGUGUGUGGGAAGCUUUCCAAUGUUACUCUCCUCAGAGCCCGCAAAUGAAUGAGUGAAACAAGAAGCUCAAGAAUUUGAAGAAAAAUCUGGUCGCAUUGUUCGCCUUAUGAAGAAAUGCUUUCAUACCAGUACUCGUAUCUGUCAAGCAAAAUCACACGUUGAAUACGGAAGUAGUGAUUAAUUGUGCUACAUGGUAGGUAAAAUACCCUUUUGGAAUGGCUGUAGUUUGCUAACAUGCAAUUUUAUUGCUGAACCUGUUAUAAAAGGGAAAAGCAUCGAGUAUGUUUUACGUGCUCUGCAUUUAAGAAGUUAGUGGGUCUUUCACAGCAGCAGGUAAACAUACUACUUCCCAGAGGCACACUUUAUGUAACUUCAUUGCAGAUUUUUAUUUGUUAAGGGCCCUUUUUUUUUAAACUAAGCACGAAUAAUAAAUACCUGUCCAAACUCUUCGCUCGUUGUGUUUUUCAGCAGUUUAUAGUUUCGCUCGUUCCAUAAUCUUUUAUGCGAAGGUUAACGAUUAUAAGGUGUUCGUUAAGAAAACGAGCAACUGAUGGGAAGAUUGAUUAUGAUAUAAAAUAGUCCCUGGAAAGUGAAGUGCAAGAGAAGCAGCCUUCGGAGCUCAGCUGGUAACAAUGAAAUAAGCGGGAAUAUAUAGAGGUGAUUACAUCCCUUUGCAUAAAAAAAACAUAUGGUGUUGCUAUAUAAAAUUAUGACUAUAAAAGAGUGACCCUGUACCAACCUGCGGACUGAUUUAUAUGGCGUUGUUGUUCUUGCGGUCACGUGUGGGAGAGGUCCAAUGGCGCGGUGGAGGCGCUGCACCAUAUUACAGACCGGGGGGAAGGCUCUCGGGCGCUAACUUCUUACAUGGAAAUCCGCUCUUUCAUAUUUUCAGAGCGCAGAGAAGCCGCGUAUUUGCCGAAAAUGUCGACGCCGGGCACCAUCAGCAACUACUACGUCGACUCGCUCAUCAUGCACGACAACGAGGACCUGCUCUCGUCCAGAUACGCGCCGGCCCCGCUGGCUCAGCCCUCCCGACCGGCAGCCCUGCCCGAGCACCCCGACUUCUCCCCGUGCAGCUUCCAGUCCAAAGCCACGGUGUUCAGCACCUCCUGGAGCCCCGUCCAUAACCAGAGCUCUGCCAACGUGCCCACUGUAUACCACCCCUACAUCCACCAGGCGCCCAUUGCCGCGCCUGACGCCAGGUACAUGCGCUCCUGGCUGGACCCCAUACCGGGGACCUUGUCCUUCCCCGGGAUACCUUCCAACAGACACUACGGCAUCAAACCCGAGCCGGUGACUGCCCGCAGGAGUGACUGUACCACGUUUGAAACCCACACGUUGGCCUUUUCAGAAUACACUUGUGGAGCUUCUCCCGGCGACAAACUUGUGAGCGAGGUUCCCUUAUCCGAAAAUAAGGGAGAGGUUGAGUCCAUCGCAGAUAAGCUACACAUUGAUCCAAGCAAUCCUUCUGCCAAUUGGCUACAUGCGAGAUCCACCAGGAAAAAGCGCUGCCCUUAUUCUAAACAUCAGACCCUGGAGCUGGAAAAAGAAUUCUUGUUUAACAUGUACCUCACAAGGGACCGCAGAUAUGAGGUCGCCAGAGUCCUUAAUCUCACCGAGCGACAAGUUAAAAUCUGGUUUCAGAACAGGAGGAUGAAGAUGAAAAAAAUCAACAAGGAACGACCGAAGGACGACCGGUGACCAGAAAUGCAAUCACAGGGUUUCAAAAAAAAUAAGGAAACAAAGAAACAAUUCAUAAUUACAAUCGAAGUAGGCCUCACAUCAGAAAGAAAAAAAAAUCCAUGAGAACGUUUUGCAUUUGCAUUAGCACAAACUAUUCCUUUGCCAGUCUGGGACACGAUA